AUGCCGAGGUUACCACCGGGACCGUAUCAUCUACCUCGCUCGGGGGGCGGCAGCACAGUCAUCAACACCGACACGGGCAACCGACACCGUUGUCCGUUGGAAGCUCUGACGGGGAGAUCACGUAAGGCCGGUCGAGGUAACGGUCGACCCAUCGGUCGACCCGGUGGCCGUGAUCGUGGACGUGGACGUGGACGUGUGGGCGAUAGGGGGACGGAGGGUGCUGCAGGGAAUCCUGUCACGGGAAACGGGGCUCGGGCUGGUGGGCAGGACGGAGAGGAUGGAGGGGACGGACAGCACGAGGAGGAGGAGGAGGAGGACGCGGCGGGGGAGGUGGUGGUGGAGGAUGACAGAGUCCGGAGAUCGAGAGGAAAGAGAAGAUUGACUCAUAGCUCAACAUCACCACCUCCCUCGAUAGAACGUCUUCGUAGACAUCAUCCCUCAAGGUCUCUAUCUUUCCAUCCGACAACUCCCCCGUCACCAAAUUUUUCCGCUUUGGGUUUGGGUUUGGCUUCACCGACGUCUCCUCAUCAUCAAACGCUCUUUCCGAUUUCCCAACAACCUUCCCCCUCUUUUCCUCGUGGUGCACCGAGGACACUAACGAGGUCACCUAUCGCUUCCCCCCACCGCCCCUUGCCGAAUCACGAUUUCAUCUCUCCUCUCACUGGGAAAGAGGGCGUGUCUGAAAAUACUGUCUCUGCCGACCCCACCAUGUUCGCUUCAACUACUGCGAUCUCUCCGAAUCGAACCAUAUCCGCUUUAUUGCCAGACCUCGGUGGCCUCGCCUUGGAAUUCAUAUGA